UGUCUGCUUGUCGAGCCACCACCAGUAACACAAGCGGACAUGUUUGGCCGGCCUCUUUGUGGAGUGUAAAUAUACAUUUAUCUUGCACGAUAACGGAAUACGUAGCCGAGGCCGGGAACCAUGGACGCUGUCAAUGCAUUUAACCAUGAGUUGUUCUCUUUGAUGGACUCAAAGCCCCCAAUCUCUCGGGCAAAGAUGAUCUCCAUCACAAAGUCUGCCAUCAAAGCUAUAAAGUUGUAUAAGCAUGUCGUCCAGAUUGUUGAAAAGUUUAUCAAAAAGUGCAAGCCAGAGUAUAAAGUUCCAGGCCUGUAUGUAGUGGACUCCAUCGUGAGGCAAUCACGGCAUCAGUUUGGAUCAGAUAAGGACAUGUUUGGGCCCAGAUUCACCAAAAACAUAACAGGCACCUUCGAGAACCUCUGCUUGUGUCCGUCGGAGGACAGGUGUAAGAUUGUGCGUGUGUUGAACCUAUGGCAGAAGAAUGGUGUGUUCAAAAUCGAUAUCAUCCAGCCUCUGAUGGACAUGGCCACAGGGUCCGGCAGCGCGGCCGGAGUGGCCGACGAGGACCAAGCGGGACCCAAUGGAGCUUCCCCUCCUAUCCCGAUGAAGAAGAUGCCGGAAGCUCACGCAGUCGCAGCUCCGGAACAUCACGCGGUGACGGCUAACUCCAUUGCCGCAGCCGUGCCUCAACUUCAGAACUCUGACGCCUUCGCUGCUGUAGCACAGCUCUUCCAGUCUACCCAAGGACAGCAGCUCCAGCAAAUGCUACAGACCUUCCAGCAGCCCGGGAAGCCCCAGUCCCCAGCGCUCACCAACAGCCUGUCAGCUCAGAUGAACCUGCAGCCGCACGCGGUCCCCCCCGCGGCCCCCACGCCCGCCUCCAUGGCCUCUCACCUGGCCGAGUCUGUGGAGAACAAGGCCACGUUUGACACGACGCUCCUCGAUCGCUUCGACUACGACGACGAGCCAGAGGGUGCAGACGAUAUAAAAAAGGAAGAGACGCCCUCGACCCAGCCGGUCUUCGGUCAUAUAGACAGCAUGUCCCAUCAUCAGCACAUGCAGCAGCAGCAGCAGCUUCCCCCUGGCUUCUCCCAACACCCUUCUCAACUCCCCAACAUGGAUCACUUCCAGCAGGUCAUGAUGGCCAAACCUCACGACGCCACACAACAGGUCCCUCUACCUCCGAACGGGCAGCUCCAGGGCUUUGGCAUGAUGCCACCCCAGCCCUACCCAGGGAUGAUGCCUCCCAUGGGGCAGCCUCCCAUGGCCCAGCCCCAGCAGGGAGCCGGGAUGCCUCCGGGCUUUCCAGGGGGAUUCCUUCCCCAGAAUAACGUAUUUCCUCAGCACAUGCAUCCGCAUCAACAGGAUGUCUCCAUGGACGUUGACUCUCCAUCAGUGAAGGACCGGAAGCACUGGCCAGAUAACAGGAGGUCCCAUUCUCGCUCAGGCUCCAGAUCUCCGAAAAGGAGACGGUCCCGAUCCAAUUCCCGGUCCAGACGGAUGCGGCACCGCCGGUCUCGCUCGUGGUCCCGGGAGAGGCGGCAUCACUCCCCGCACUCGCGCUCGCAGGAGAGGAAGGACAGAGAGCGGGAGCGGGAGCGACGACAAAAAGGGCUCCCUGCCCUCAAAAACGAGACCCUCAGCGUGUGCAGCACGACCUUAUGGGUGGGCCAGCUAGACAAAAGGACCCAGCAGCAGGAUGUGGCGUGUCUGCUGGAGGAGUUCGGACAGAUCGACUCCAUCAAUAUGAUUCCCCCACGUGGCUGUGCAUACAUCGUCAUGGUCCAUCGGCAAGAUGCUUUCAGAGCUCUGCAGAAGCUGAGCAGGGGCACAUUCAAAGUCAACCAAAAAGCCAUUAAGAUUGCAUGGGCGCUAAACAAAGGCAUCAAGGCUGAGUAUAAGCAGUACUGGGACGUGGAACAGGGGGUCACCUACAUCCCCUGGAACAAGACAAAAGUGGAGGAUCUGGAAGGCUUGAAAGAAGGUGGCAUACUGGACCCAGACUCCUUAUCACCAGGGUGGCCGGGAGCUCAGAGUGAGCAGGACCAAGUGGAUGAGGCGUCCCAGAACGGGCGUUCAGAACCUGCCCUCAUGGAGGAGAAGCCAGCCGUCGCACCCAUGCAGACUCCUCCAGGCCAGCCAAUAGGAGUGCUGGGAACAGGGCCACCUCCAGGGUUCCCUGGCCACAUGGGUAUCCCACCUCCAAACUUCCCUCCAGGGGUGCCCCCUCCCCCUCCCUUCAUGAGACCGGGCUUCAACCCCAUGCAAAUGCCACCGGGACCACCAGGGUUCCUUCCCCCUGGUGCUGUGCCUCCAAUGGGGGCGUCUGGACCCCCACCUCCAAUGCCAGGGCCUGGUAUGUCCUUAGAGGAGCCCUCAGGCGAUCUUGCUGGAUUGGGCCAGAGAAACAGCGAUGGUGCAGAUGGAUACAACGCAGCUCCACAAAUGGGUAACCAGGUUGGUGCCCCUCCAGUUGGCCUUCUUGGGGCGAGGCCUGGUAUGAUCCCUCUGCAGCGCCCCCCAGGCAUGCCACCCCCGCACAUGCAGCGCUUCCCUAUGCCCCCCCCACACCCCAACAUGCCACCCAUGCCCCCCCAGAUGAUGCCCAGGGGACCACCUCAGAUGAUGCACCGGGAGCCUCCACCAGGGGGCUUCGGGAUGCCACCUCCCCACCCUAUGAAAGGCCCCUUCCCCCCGCCAGGACCACCGGGGGGGCCUCCACUCGGUCCGCCAGUGGGCCCCCCUCCUGGUCAUCCCGGGCCCCCAGGACCCCCUGGAAUUACUGGCCCCCCCGGACCUCCUGGACCUCCUGGACCACCUUUCAUGCGGCCGCCUGGGCCUAGGGGACCGGAAGGGCCUGAUGGCAGGGACGGAAGGCCCGAUGGCCGGGACGGAAGGCCUUUCCGGAACGAGCGAAACAUGGGCUUUGGACGAGACCGAGAGCCAGAGUGGUUUGGGGGACGGAGGCCGCCGUUCGGUGAAGGACGGGGAGGAGACCGUCCAGAGGGUAGAGAGAGAUUUGGGAACUGGCACGAGGAAGAACAGCAGCAUGGUGAUCGAGACAGAGAACGAGAAAGGGAGAAGGACCGAGACAGGCCGGCAAGGGAGAGGGAUCGCAGAGACUGGCGGCAGAGUCCUGAGGGCGACAGAGGAGGCGACCGAGGAGGCGACAGAGGAGGCGACAGAGGAGGGGACCGAGGAGGCGACAGAGGAGGCGACAGAGGAGGGGACCGAGGAGGCAACAGAGGAGGGGACCGAGGUGAUAGAGGAGGGGAUCGAGGAGGCGACCGAAAUGACAGAGGAAGCGACAGAGGAGGAGACCGAGGAAGCGACAGAGGAGGAGACCGAGGAAGCGACAGAGGAGGAGACCGAGGAAGCGACAGAGGAGGAGACCGAGGAGGCGACAGAGGUGGGGACAGAGGGGGUGACAGAGGAGGGGACAGGGGAGGAGACGCCACAGAGGAGCCCAGUCGGCCGCCCAAACGGAGUCGCGACCGCGAGCGGAGUUCCCGCUGGGACCGCGACGACUGGCUCCGGGGGGACAAGAGCAACGAACUCAGCAGUGCUGAAAAAGCCCCCGAUGCCGCCAGCGUCGUCGUCCCCGAGACCCCCAGCGUCGUCCCCGAGACCCCCAGCGUCGUCCCCGAGACCCCCAGCGUCGUCCUCGAGGCCCCCAGCGUCGUCCCCGAGGCCCCCAGUGUCAUCGUCCCCGAGGCCCCCAGCGUCGUCCCCGAGGCCCCCAGUGUCGUCCCCGACGGCCCCAGCAUCGCCCCUGAGGGCCCCGUCAAAGACUCGGCCAAAGAGCCGUCCCCCUCCAAGCCUGAGCCCUCACCAGAUGUGACCACGGGGGCUCCGGCCGAGGUGACGGUGACCGACGAGGUCCCUUCCUCAGAGCCCGCGGCAGAGAAUCCGCCCAGUGAAACCACAGAGGCUGCAGAGUCGUAG